AUGGCUGUUAGGACACAUGUUGUGUUUGUCAACCUAGUGCUGCCUCUCCAGUUUGAAGAUCACAAAUGUUCGGAGGAUGUUGUCAUUGACGACGCCAUGUUCUCCUGGACUGUGGCUGAGGUCAAAAAACAUCUGGUGACUCAUGAUUCGCUGGCUCACUUCAAACAGCCGCCCGAAUUCCUCGACCUGCUGAUAUGUAUGGCUGGCCGUGGCGACAACUACGCGUCCACACAAGAGACACUGCUGAGAGAUGACGAGGUACUGGCUAAUUAUGCUCACUAUCUGCAUGCUGGACAGUUACUUCUUCUGAGAAAGCGAAAACUGGCACUUGAGGAUCACGUGACUUACUGGACAAAACGACUAGAGCAGACGGGAAUCAAUGCUGACGUCAUGCUGGGGCUGUUUCUAGUAGUCGCCAUCAUGGUCACUGGAGCAUGUUUUGGCAUGAACUCCAUUGAGAACACCAUCUGGUGGCAGCACUGA